AUGGAACAUGUUCUCAAUCAAAGAGAUAAAAACUCUCUACAUGUACAACGGAGAGUGGAGCGCAAGAAAGAACACUAUUGCUAUCCUUUGAAUCUCACCAAAGGUUUUGAGUACGUUAUGAAGAAUGGCAUUCAGAGAGAAGAAGACAUGCCCUUCAGUGGGUGUCCCAGAGAUGUUCCUGAUCACACUCCUUCGUCUCAACUCGGAUAUAUCAAAGAGUUUGUAAGGCUCAACACAAUCGACGAGGCCCUUAUCCAGCUUAAAAAACAUCCCAUUGGAGCAGCUUUGGCCGUUUUUCAACCUGAGUACAAAAAUAUUGGGAAAAAGAUAUAUCGUGGACCUGUCAGUCAAAAUUCUAUGUUACGACACAUGCAUGCGGUUUCUUUAGUGGAUGUGGGUGAAGAAAACAGGGAGAAGUAUGUUCUUGCCAGAACAAGCCAUGGGGAGAAGUUCGGAGAUGGUGGCUACAUAAAGAUCUCACUGGAAGUUGUCCUUCUCUACAUACCCACACCUGGAGAAAAGGUCGGCAAAAAAGCUAAGAAAUAUUUUAGCAAGCCAAGAUCACUUCUUGGAAGGUUCAGCUAUCCAAGGUUAUUGACAGAAGCCAAGGAGGAGAUGCAAAAGAAGAUCCAUCAAGACAAGCAACUUUCCUGCGAUGAGAGUAUUGUUUGA